AUGUGACUGUUGUCAUUGUACUUCAUUAUUUCUGUAUUUAUUCGGUUUGCUGUGUUGUGGUUAAAUUAAAUUCAAUAGAUCUAGAUACAAUGUUUUGAUGGUUUAUCUACCAAUUGUAAUCUCAGCUUUGCAUAACAGCCAAAGCCCUUGUUAUGUGUAGCUACCAGUAAAAUUAUAGUGUGAAAAUGUUGAGUAGAUUUUCGGACGUGCUACAAACAGCGGCGGACGUUUUGGCACCUCCAGCGACGAGGUUGGAGGACUUCGAGUACCACUGGAAGAUGAUAUUGAAUUUCUAUCAGAAUUAUGACGAGAAUAACAAACUGCAUAUUGAGGAGACUAGAAUACCGCAUCACCUACAUCAAAUGUUACAGUUAAUAGUAGAAGAAGAAAAAGAACAGCACGGCGGUACAGUGGGGCCAUGCAUGGAGGCAAUAGUGCAGCGGUCAGUGUGCCUGCUGGACGCGUUGUGCGCGCUCGCGGCGGCCGAGCGGCCUCCCGGCGCGCGCGCGCUCGCACUCACCACGGGCACCGCGCUACUGCGCCGGACCAGGCAGCCCUGUGUUAAUAGUGCACAUGUUUAUAGGCCGUUACAGCGUAUGCUAAUACAAUGCAACGAAAGCCCAGCCUCCCCGACGGAGAAGGAAGAAGUGGAACUUCUUCUCACGCUGUGCGGGCUGGUGCGAAAGGAGCCAGGCCUUGCCAAUAUCUUUACGACGCCAUUCGUAGAAGAUAAGUCCACGCUGCUUAGUAUACCUGAGGACAUACAGAAACUUAUACCGAUUCGGAGUAAGAUCCAAACUCCGAAAAAGAAUCCGCUCUUCGAGGUAGAACUGCCCCCAAACCCGUUACGCAACGUGUCCAUCAUCCGUACUGGGAAGGACGACGUGUGUAACGCCACUUCAAGCAGCUCGGUUGACGACAACGUGUCGUGCAAGAGCCACAAGACCGUUUACGAUGAUAACGACAAGUUCUUAUUGAUUGAUCUGCUGCUGUCUUAUUUGAAUAGUGCUGACAACCAAGUCGUCCUUCGUGCGUGUGAAGGCAUAAUGAUAGUGUCCUCUCUCCCGGAGGACGACAUCGCGAACCUGGUGACCAGCUGCAGCCCCGCCUGCGAGACCAUCGUGGAGAAACUGGCCGCCAAGUACAAGUGUGUGCCGGCCAAUGUGGAGCCUAGCGAUGUGGACCAUCUCAAUAUCACUUGGGCUUACGUAGCGCAAGACUUUGGUGACAAGUCGUACAGCAAGUUUCACGGCUACAGAGAGCUGACGAGUUUCUUCUCCUGGUUGGAUUACUGCGAUACUUUGAUGAAGGAGUGCCACCCGACGAUAGCGUCGCACCUGUCGCGCACGUUCCGGCAGAACUUCCUGGAGGCCGCGGCCGAGGCCGGCAUCACGGACGUCCACCACGCGGUACUCGUCACCGCUAUACUCGCCAAGUGUCUCAAAGUCGUCGACUCACCUGACCUUAUCAAUGAGUUUUCUAACUGGUUGGUGGGUGACGGCGAGGUGUCGGAGUGGCCCCUACUACACACGCUCAUCAACAACUGUCUCACAGAGAACUACGACCUCACGUUAGAAACACUCAGGUUUUUCGAGACUAUAAUAGAGAAGGGCACGGCGCACAGCAUCCAGCGCGUGGUGCUGGCGCGCGUGACGUCACGCGGCUACCGCGCGCCGCCGCCCGCGCCCGACGACGACGAGCGGGACCGCCUCAACGACCUGUCCCUAGGCCGCGAGAGGGAGUACAACAGAGAGGCAAUGAAACAGCUUCAGCACGAAGACCACGUGAACGAACAGAUCACAGACAUCUUGUCUCACGAAGGACUCGACCCCACACACCACGACGAGGGCACGGAGAACAUACACAGAGUUAUCAACAGUUUCCUGCUUCUGUUGCCGCGCGCCAUACUGUCCGACCCGGUGGGCGCUGACUACGAGCAUUACAUUCACGACGCUCAUAGACGAUACCAGUACUGGCUAGACACGACGGCGACGUUCCACUGGCCCACAGACCACAGCUGGGUGGACACGACCGCCAGCUCCACGCACAGCUACGACAGCCGCCCGGAAGCAGACAUACACCUCGACGAAGUCUUCGAUACUAAACACAACCAGAAAGACAACAAAUUCUCACAAAAACUCGUCCUUCGAAGCAGAGACUUAACUUCUCAGUCAGAAGAAGACUUUGAUGAAGGACCCUUCUUCAAAAUGAUAUUCAAAUUGCUAUCAAACCUCCCAACACAACCCUACCAAGUCAAUCUACACUUAACGUCGAUAAUAUCCCAACUUGCUCUACUCCCUCAUCCUAAUUUACAUGAGUACUUACUCAAUCCUAUGCUGCCCACUGCGAAGAAGACCCCGACGCUGUUCAAAACGCUGCAGGAGGUCGCGAAACGGUUGACCAUGGAGAUUCCCAGGUUAAGGAAUUAUAAGAAGAUCAUUGAGAAUACAAGGCAGUGUCUCAUGAGCGAGGAUCCUAAUUAUGAUGAAAGCGGCGAACACAACCAGCUAGUUGAGAGUCUGAUAGUUCUCGAAGAGUUCUGCAAGGAACUGGCGGCGAUCGCCUUCGUGAAGUACCAACACACGCUACACAUGCAGAGGUAGGCUUUGUGAUCGAAUGUAUCUUUAGGUCUGCCGCCAUUUUAAAUUGUGGAAGCGUGACAGCACGUAUAGUGUCGUCUCUCUUCCACGAUGUAAUAUUACUUUGGCGCUAGGCUUGGACGCUGACAGUGAUGAGUGCUGUAAUGGCAGGAGGUGUUUUUUUCUAUUAAAUUAAUUGUAUGACUUUAUAAUUGAUUGUACUCGAGAAAAUGAUUUGAUUUUGAACACGACUGUAUUUGUAGUAUAAAAAGGCUUUUGUUCUUCGACUUAUCUUGUAAUGACAGCAUUUUAAUCUGUAGGUGAAAGCAAUAAAGUUCAUUUUUGUUUUGAAGUAGCCUUGUUCAGAAUUCUGAGUUUACCUCAUCUCACGUUAUAUAUAUGUUUGAAAUGUACCAGUGAACUACAUGAAGUCAAUAUUUUAUUAAUAUUUGUAAUUUAUGUGUGAUGUAUUUCAAAAGUGUGACCUAAAAUUGUCAAGGUAUUUAGGACUUUAUUUGUUGAAGACUACAUUUCUUCCAGAUUUAUUAAUAUGUCUGUAAUGUCUUGAAGUUUUAAGUGGGUAUUACACUACAUUCUAUUAGAGUGACAUUUAUUCAAUCAUUAACGACGAUACAACUCUCAUAAGUAUGAAAAUGAAAAAAUAACGUUUGUUUAAGUCACGUGACCAGUCAUUUUCAUACAUUCGAAUGUUCUCCAUGAACGUUUACGAUUAAAUAAAUGUAAUUUGGCUUAAGGGACUGAUCCCUAAAUAAUCAAAAAGUUUAAAAUAGAAAGAGGCUCUAAUAAGAUCGGUAAAAUGGGAAUUUUGCUAUAUACUCUGCUGGCAGAGAUGGAUGUACAAUCGAUGUAGUGUUAGAACGUUUCUUAUUAGGUUCCCCGCCGACCUAAGAUUCAAGCCUUGUGUUCAGUGAAGUGUAAUACCCAUUUUAAUCGAUUCAAUGUAUAUAAUUUAAAU